CAGCGUGCCCCGCGCGGAGCCCGCGCUCUCUCCGGCUCGCUCGCUCCGGCCGGGUCUCUCCUCAGGCGGCGGCGGCGGUUCCAGCGCGGGGCGAGGCCAGGCCGGGCCCGGGCGGCGCCCACCAUGUCGGGCGAGGAGGAGGCGGCCGAGCUGACCAUCGCCGAGGACCUGGUGGUGACCAAGUACAAGAUGGGGGGGGACAUCGCCAACCGGGUCCUGCGCGCAGUGGUUGAAGCAGCUAAAUCUGGAGGGUCUGUUCUCAGCCUGUGUGAGAAAGGGGAUGCCAUGAUCAUGGAAGAGACUGGCAAAAUCUUCAAGAAGGAGAAAGAAAUGAAAAAAGGUAUUGCCUUCCCGACGAGUAUAUCGGUAAAUAACUGUGUCUGUCACUUCUCCCCCUUGAAGAGUGACCAGGAUUAUAUCCUCAAAGACGGAGAUUUGGUCAAAAUUGACCUGGGAGUCCAUGUGGAUGGCUUCAUAGCAAAUGUAGCGCACAGUUUUCUCGUCGAUGCAGAGAAGGAAACCCCGGUGACGGGUCGUAAAGCUGAUGUCGUCAAAGCGGCUCACCUCUGUGCUGAAGCUGCCCUGCGCUUGGUAAAACCCGGAAACCAGAACACACAAGUGACAGACGCCUGGAACAAAAUAGCACACUCGUUUAACUGCACGCCUAUCGAAGGGAUGCUGUCACACCAGCUGAAACAGCACGUGAUUGAUGGAGAGAAAACUAUCAUCCAAAACCCUACAGACCAGCAAAAGAAGGACCAUGAAAAAGCCGAGUUUGAGGUCCAUGAAGUUUACGCCAUUGACGUGCUUGUCAGCACCGGGGAAGGGAAGGCGAAGGAUGCUGGCCAGAGAACUACCAUUUACAAAAGGGACCCCUCCAAGCAGUACGGCUUGAAAAUGAAAACCUCUCGUGCCUUUUUCAGCGAGGUGGAGAGGCGCUUUGACACUAUGCCAUUUACUCUCAGGGCGUUUGAGGAUGAGAAGAAGGCUAGGAUGGGGGUGGUGGAAUGCGCCAAACACGAGCUGCUCCAGCCUUUCAAUGUCCUCUAUGAGAAGGAAGGCGAGUUCGUCGCCCAGUUCAAAUUCACAGUGCUUUUAAUGCCCAACGGCCCCAUGAGGAUAACCUGUGGCCCCUUCGAGCCGGAGCGCUACAAAUCCGAGUUUGAGGUUCAGGAUGCAGAACUGAAGGCACUGCUACAAAGCUCCGCCAGCCGGAAGACCCAGAAAAAGAAGAAAAAGAAGGCAUCUAAGAACGCAGAGAACGCCACCACGGGGGAAACAGCAGAAGAGAACGAAGCCGGCGACUGAAUGGCUCCAGCUCCCCUCAUGUAGCACCCGAGUCUCUCGCACGCUCCCCCCAAAAAACGAGAAACAAAAAUCUAGUGCUGUCUGUCUCUUUACACCCCCAAUGACAGGCAGCCUGGACUUCCCACUGACAACAGCCAGUUCCAAUUGACUCUGCUCUGAGGGAGGAUUCGCUCAGCAACUUCAGACUGCUUUCAAACAAACAAACAAAAAUAAUAAAACCAGGAGUAAAAACUAGUCUCUCCCCCACUCUUUCUAACCUUUGAUACUACUUGUGCUUGUUAAAGAGGUGAGUGACUACCCAUCCCAAGAGAGGGAGUGUAGACAGCAAUUCUUUCCUCUUCCUCCUCCCUUUCUUCAUUUCUCCCUUUCAAGAUUUUCUGAUCCCUCUUGGCGGGGGUGGGAUCUUUGGUCACAUCUGACAACCAACCGAUUGAAGCCUGAGAAGCGCCAUGUGCUUAGGGAGCCGGUAGCAGGGAUGCUAUUAUACCUCUGCUUCCCAGCGCUCCCCCUUCCCGCAAGGACGUUUCUCUUCCACUUAAAACUGUUACCUUGGUGUGGAAUUUUUCCCUUUUUUUAGCCUGUAUAUUUAAAAUUGGGAAAGUCGUAUGGAAUUUUAUGCCCUCCCCCCCCAAGACUGUAGACCAUUCAGCCUGUUGAGUUCUGACUUGCGUUGGUUUGUGUCUAAGCUCUAUUUUUAAUACACAGGUGUGAUAAGCUUGUUUUUAAUUGAGACUGUCAUAACGUAAGGAAGGAAGCACUCAAUUCGAGGCAUUCUUCCCCACUAACCCCUUGCAAAACUCCUCCUAAGGGCAAGAGGCGUCUGGAGCGCCCACCAGCUUCAGUUCAGUACCUUGCCAGCGUUUUUAACUUCCCGACGUCACGGGGCAGUUCAGCAUUUCUCCCCCCCCCCCCUACACCAAAACAGCUGCCGCUGCUUUUGUCGUAUACAGUCGGCUUUUUCAGAAGAAUGCCCCUCUCCUCCCCACAUGCCCUUCUGUGCCAUACAAGAAUUCGGGAAACGCUGCAGAAGCGAGCAGACCUGGGCUAGACUUCACCCCUGGGAAUCUCUUUUCUAUAGUAGGUCUUUUUUUUAAAGCUGUCCGGUUGAAUUGUACGGCUCCGAGUGGGGGUUUUGUUAUCCAGCCAGGUCUCUGUCUAAGCACUUACUGUAGCUGACUUGGAAGGCCUCCUGCCUCUUAACGAUACCCUUUCUGAUGAGUGCACCUGUGCUUUUGGGUCAAGUGCUUCCUUGGCAGUAUUUGAGUUUGAAAAUUUAAACGAGAAAAAAGAUCCUUGCAAAUGCUACCAAAGUUUACGUCAAUAAAAGGAAAUAAAUGAGAUUUUUCCAUCUGUCUACAAACUGUCUGCUCCCAUUUCUAAACUGCCCAGCUCUUGUAGGGGGUGGGGUAGUGAUAGAGAUACCGUGGGCUAGAUUCUGAAGGGGUGCAGGGUAGCUCCCAUCACACACUGAAGUGGCGGCGAGACAUGCCUGUCCAAGACUGAAAUCGCAGGUUGGUUUAGCUUAGGCUGCUCCCAAAUGUUAACCAUGAACUUAAGGGAAAAUAAAGAUGUCUUGUUCCUGAAGGGGAACAUUUUAGCAUUUAUAAGCAAUACACUGUCUAUUGCCUUCGGUAAAGGAAGGGCAGGGCUAAUCUUUCUCAUUCACAGUUCUGAUUUAUAAACCACUAAGACUUGCUGGAGGUUUAUUUAAUUUUCUAUUUUUACUUUUAAAUAACAUUGGAAAAAGAUGUACCUCUUGAGACAAGAAAAACCAUUCUGGUUGUGAAAAGUUUGAAACAAAAUUCCCAAGAAAUAUUCUGUAACUGAUUUUUUUUCCAAAUAAAAUUGACUAGUGACACUGCU